CUAGUACUCACCAAUAGGUCGCAAUGCAAUCCACAUGCGCCUCAAUGAAAUUACCUAAAGCUUCCUGACUUGCGCAAGGCUGGACUAGGUAUCAGGCUGUUCCCGUCUAGCAUCUCAAGUUAAACUUUCCAUUCUCAUCUUCCGCAAUACAUCAACCUUCGAAGUCGUAAUUAGACCUGACCAGCCCAACAAUCCCGACAAGCCCGAAAAGCCCGACAAAACUAGACAAACAACACCCAACUGCUACGUAUGGCACAAUUCACGCUCCGGUUACACAUCUUACCGCGACGGUGAUUGCGAUGAGGUAGGAAACAUACCUACUUCAGCACGGCUGGAAACCAAAUAGCUUGAUUGUAGUGUAUCGGAGGCUUGUAUAAGAGGCUUGGAUCACGAUGGCAAACCCUCAAUCAAGCAAUCAGAAUGGCAUCGCGCCUCACUUUCAUCAACAAGGCUAUCCGCAGCCCGGUCCUGGUUCAGGCGUAUAUCAACCACAGCCGAAUAUUUCGAAACCCUUCACCUUAGGCGAAGCCCUUCCUUAUACUCCCUUCACGUCGGUCUUUCCAUUUGAACCAGAUAUCAUUAGAAAUCCUACGAUUGGUUCUGGUCCUCUCGCACCAUCUCUCGCCGGCCUAGUCUCUAGGGAAGAUUACGAUGCCUUAAAUAAAGAAGCUGAGAUAUCUAGCCACUCGAAGCGUGUUGAGGGAAGCCUUGAAUUCGUGCAGCAUCUCCUGAAGACGGACAAGAUCACGCACUUCCAGUUCAAAACUUCGCCGAUAGCUACAUUACCACUUAACAAGCCAACCAAAAGUGUCGCCGAUGGAAUUUCACCCUUCGCUAAGCUGAUUUAUGACAAUACCUCCAUCUCUUUCCGUUAUUCCAACACCGAGACCACAGAUGCUUCUACACCGAAUGGCCACGGUCACAGCUACGGCCAAGGUCACGGUCACGGCAUGUCUCCUCGAAUCUCGAAGAAGUCGUCUCCCAAGGCACGCAGACAAGAGCCACCUAAGGUAGUUAAACAUAAUCCUGCUACCUCAAAUGCGCAAGCAGUUGCUCAUAACAAGUCUCGCAUUGAAAUUCAUCUGCCCACCAGAAAAGAGCUAAAUACUGCCGCUGCCAUCUACACUCCUCCCAGACCUCCCGCUCCAUCAUCACCUAUAGCAGCCCAAAUUCAAGCCCAGACAGUUUCACUUGCCGAUCUGAUGGUGACACCAAAGCCACCCACACUUCCGGUUUCACAACCCUCACAAGUGCUACCUUCACCAGCCCCGAAGGUAGAACCAGAAACCCCAACACCGCAGGCUAUCAUACCCAAGACCGAAUUAUCGGAUGCUCCUCAGCAGUUGUCGCAUGUGCCGGAGCAAGAUCAACCUCCACCAUCAUCGGCGUCUUCUCUUAAGCAUGUUGCCAUUCAAAUCGAACUACCAGCGGCUAGCUUUGAUAAAAACGAAUUCGCUGUAGUUCCCGAUGCGCCUGAACUUCCGGCACACUUAUCUGCGAAAAGGAAACGCGCCGCACAAGAUGAGUUCGAAGAUGCCCUUGGAGGAGAGCUCAACCAGCGCGAACUUGCUAAUGCCGCUUUUGGGGACUUGCGCAGAUGUUUCCAGGAGAUAUUUUCUGCCGAUGACUACCUAUCGAACGAGCGAGGUGCUACAUCGCAUCUAAUUACGUUGACGAAUGAUCAGGAACCUACCAUGACAAUAGCUGCGCAUGAUAAAGCUCAUAAGCAAAUAAAUAGGGUCAUUAGCCUUGGAUGUUUCCGCCAAGCGCCUCUACAUGAUCUACUUCGAAUCCAGACCUUGAGCGAAGGCUCUUUGAAGCAAACAGAAUCGCUCGAUUUCAAGCUAGAUGAGGCGUGGGGAGAAACCGACAUCGGGUUUUGGGCACAACAGCUCAAUGGCAUCGAGAUGGGCCUCAAAGCUGCGCGCACAUCGUUCCGCAUCAUGUGCGGCGGUCGGGAAGAGAGACAGCUGUAUUCUGAAGACCUAAUCCAACAAGGUUUAAAUCUCUUCAGAAAUGUCAUCAGUGACAUUAUCAUCCCAACAGCCGAGUUGCGGAGCACCGGUCCCACCAGUAACAUAUUCCGCCUGUUAACGAUACACAAGAAAGUCAUCGGCACUCUUUUCACUACUUGCCAGAAGGUCUUCUCUCUGAUGUCUGACUUGAUAGUUAGCAUUGACCUCUCUGAGACCGUUGUACACACUCUAGAGUUCGUGGCAUCGCGUCUAAUAUUCGUGGAGAAUGCUCACACAGAGAGGGAUUCGGUCGUAGGUGUCCAGAAAUUUGAUGCCCUUCGUCUGGUCGCCAUGAACGUAUUGUCGCAAAUAUUCUUGAUGAACCCUGCCCAGAGAGAGGGAAUCUUUAAUGAAAUCCUAACUUCUCUAGAGAAGUUGCCUAUAGGAAAGCAGAGCGCGAGGCAGUUCAAACUUUCGGAAGGCAAAAGUAUCCAGCCCGUUUCAGCACUGAUCAUGCGACUCAUCCAGGCAAGUGCUGGAAAGGUAGAUGAUCGCAAAGAAAAGCUUCGUGGUCGGAUGAUGCAGAGUCUGGCAGAAGAUGAUGGGAGCGGUGGCCACACAUUAUCCGAUGGCGUCAACGGCAAAGCAGAACCCACCUACGCGAUCAAAACGGAGACCAAUGCUGCAGUCCAGCACUCAACGGCCAUCCAAGAGUUACAGGCUCUUGCGAAGACGCUUGCGGACGGCGCUUAUCGCAACGCCACGUAUGUCGUUAACUUCAUAGUGAAGCGAGCACUGAAAUCCACCAAGUCCGGAGAUACGCCGUAUCGAAACCUAUUAGACUUGUUCAUCGAAGACUUCACUACCUGUUUAGACUCUCCAGAUUGGCCUGCGGCAGAACUGUUGCUUCGGCUCACAAUGUACAUGAUGUUCCAACAGGUGGAUGGUGAUAAAAAUGCGGCACCCGCAAGAAAUAUGGCCCUGGAACUUCUCGGUGUUAUGGCUGCGGCUAUCUCGAGAUUGCGAUCUUAUGUCCGGAAGACCGCUACUAAUUUUGAGGGAAGCGACUCGGAUGAACUCGGUCGGUGGUUAGCUGAUCUGACUCUCAACGUUCUUGAAGGCAACAUGUCAACGGAAAAGACCAUUAGUUGGCUAGGACCAUAUCGCGUUGUCUUGGAACACCUGCAAGAUCGCCUAGGUGACGACCCUUAUCUCAAAGGUGCCAUCUCCUACCUUAUCACAGACUGGGGAUCACAGGUUAGCCUUGGUUAUGACUCCGUUGCGAAUGAGGAGCCAGAGGAACGGGAUUCCGAGCUCGGGAGAAUUGCAUUUCGCCUUCGCAACAUGAUCGACGACCCGAAAUGGCUCUCGCGCGAAUACAGCUUCAAAUCGGUGGUUCCUAGCCACGCAAAGCUUUCUCAUUCAACGAUCCUCCUCCGGUCAAACUUUUGCGCCUCAUUCAAAAAUAUCCUAAACAUACUGAUGGGAUCAAUGACUACGGAUCAGGCAACUGUGCGUAGUCGUAGUCUUAAGAGUAUCAAUCUCGUGCUCGACACAGAUCCGACCAUCCUGGACGGCGAUAGUGUGUUCAUCCAGCUCAUCCUUCAGUGUUCUAAUGACUCCUCGCCCCAAGUACGAGACUCGGCCCUGGGUCUCAUCGGGAAGUGCAUGGCCAUGCGCCCUAGGCUAGAGGAGAAGAUGACGCCAACAGUCAUCCAAAGAUUCAUCGAUUCCGGAAUAGGUGUGCGAAAAAGAGCGAUGAAGUUGGCCAAAGACAUUUACCUCGGUAACGAGAGCAAAGUAGUUCGAAGCACCAUUGCAAACGGACUGCUACAUCGUACACAAGAUCCGGAUGAGGGCGUACGGGAGCUUGCAAGACAGAUGAUAGAAGAAGUUUGGAUCUCCCCUUUUUACAAGGAGGACGACUCAGUUGCUUUCAAACAGGCUCUCACCGACCAUGUUGCUCUAAUGGUCCAGACCGUCAAGCAGGGAAAUACCGCGCUCGUCCUAGACAAGGUCUUUCAGACAAUCCUCUCGCCCGACUAUAAGCUUGCAGAAGCUAACUCUCGAGUUUGCACAAGACUUGUGGCCGACUUGGUCGACCUUAUCGGCAAUCCCGAAUCGGACGACCCAUCAAUUCCUUCCAGCAGAGAUGCUUUCCAAGUCUUGAUGAUUUUCGCAAAAGCCGAUCCCAAGCUGUUCACUUUUGAGCAGAUCCGGCAACUACAGCCUCAUAUUGCUAGCGUCAGCACUAGCGAAGACUUGACGGUCUCGAGAGCUGUAGUCGUCAUAUAUCGUCGUGUGCUGCCCCAGGUGUCAAGUGUGCAUUCGAACUUCCUCGUCGAGGUUCAAAGAUCCCUCAUGCCCGCAACCUCCAAAGUCACGAGGGCACUACUGGACGAUGUUGUGGCAUGUGUCUGGAUCAUUAGCGAACUCCUCGAGACGUUCAAGCCACCUACUCACCUGGUGCUAUCAUGCCUUAAGAAUAUCCAGUUGAUGAGUGGCAAGGGACCGCUUGACCGGACAAAGAUCAGACAGUUUGACCGAUAUUCCCUCAUCGUUGGAAUGAUUGGCAAACAUUGCAGCCUAGACAGCCAAGAAGAGCACUUCAAGUCCAAGCCCAAUCUGCCAAAGUGGAAGGGUUCCGUAUCAAAACUCAUGGUGGAUGUUCUCGUCCCUUUUGCAAACCCUUCCCGGCCAGUUGAUGUGAGGCGGCCAGCACUGGAUGCCAUUGGGCUCAUCUGCCAAUCCAACCCUAGGAAUUACGUGUCUGCCAAUGUCUAUACCACCUUCCAACAAGCUUUCGAUGAGCGCAUGCCGGUUUUGGAGUCAAUGAUCCUUCGAUCUUUCAAGGAAUUCCUAUUGAUAGAAGAGCAGCGUUCCGAGCAAGCGGCCGCAGGCAAAGAAUCCGUUAAGAGGGAUCUCAAAGUUAUGGGCGGCACCAGUUUCGAUGACGUUGCCAGUGCGACCACGCAGCGGUUCCUAAAAGACAUCACUCGUAUUACGCUUGCGACUCAUGAUGACCACGCCUUUCUCGCCAUGGAGGUAUUAGCAAGCAUCAAUAGGCAAGGUCUCGUGCAUCCGAAAGAGACCGGGGUCACACUUAUUACUCUUGAGACCUGCCCAGUGCCCAAGAUCUCGGAAUUGGCAUAUCAUGAGCAUAGGGCACUUCACGAGAAAUAUGAGAGCGUGCUCGAGCGGGAGUAUGCAAAAGCGAUACAAUCAGCUUUUCAGUACCAACGUGAUAUUAUCAAAGACCCACGAGGCGCGACCGAGCACCCUUUUAUGUCAAAACUUCAUCUUCUCACUGAAGUGUUGAAAAUCAGCAAAUCGAAAAACCGCGUUCGAUUUCUCGAGAAACUUGUUGGGCAAAUCGACUUCGACCUUUCGAAGCUUCCCGCAGGUCAGGCAUUAUCUUCACACGUACAAUUUUCUCGGUUUAUAAUCGAGAAUAUCGCAUUCUUUGAGUUCGUCACGAUCGGCGAGCUGCAGACUACAGUUAUUACCAUGGAGAAAAUGGUGACUGGAACGGGAUCUAGUAUCGCUCAAGCAAUCGAGUCCGAGAUCUUUCAUGUACGAAUGGAUCCGAUCUCUAUCUCCCAGCAAAUCGUUAGUGGCGAAGAACAGCCUAUUGCUCCGGCGCCGCCUACUGUCGAUCCCCAACGGCUCCAUCAACUAGCAGCUGGUUCAGUGAUCCUUCUUGCCCUUUGGGAGGUCCGUACGUACCUACGCCGUUUGUAUGGGCUUAGCUCCAGCCGGCGCGAGAGCAAGGGAAAGAGUGCCCCGAAGGAUCUCGCCAAGUCCCCGGUCAAGGUUCAGGGUGUCACCGGAGACAAAUUCUGGGAUGACGUAUCCAGAAUUAUGUCUGCAUUCGACACACCGGAACACAUGAUCGAACAAUGCCGGGCAUUUGUGGAGCUCUUGAACGUCGACAACGAAGUCAAAGUUCCCGAGGAAGAGGACGAGUUUGAUCUCGACGGGGAGGCAGCUUCUCCAGAUGGAGACGACGAUGAAGACGCGGCCGAUCAUGAUCCCCGCGGUCGCAAGAGGAAGGCAGGCAAUGCACCCGGCGGACGAAAGAAGCGGGCACGGUCUAACUCGAAGCCAAGACCCCGAGGCCGACCUAAAAAGCAGAGUACAGAGGCGAUGGAAGCCGGCGCCGACGUCGAUAUGGAAUGGAUUUGAUUAAGAUCAUUGUCAACGUCCGGGAAAUUUCCAUUAACACCUAUGGAUCUGGCUUCAUUUCCACGUUUAUGUUCCCAUUACCACGCAUAGACUAGGCAACCAUCUCAUCAUACACGUGACGCAGGAAGGGGGUCUGCAUUGAACUAAACGGCGCAACAGAGACACUGACGAACAUGGAAACCGGCGUUUAGAAAAGGAAAAGGGAGAGAGGAGUUGGUCAAUUACCUGGAAUUCACAUGAGAUGUCCGAAUGCAUGCCAUUGCUACUGCUGCUUGGCAUUUUGAAGGGGGAAUGAUACUUUCUGUUUUGCUUUUUCUGCAAUGAUUCCUCAAUGUAUUAUGCUUGCUUUGUACACUACUUAAGAUCGGCGGAGGGUGGUAAUUGGUCGCUAGCUACCUAGCUACAUGUAGCUCUUGAUACCUACGGGUACAUGCGUGAUCCGAGGUAAAAUAAAGAUUCCGGCCAUCUCAUAUUCA